UCAUACCAUCUCAAAAGAGGGUGAAGAUGACUAUGAUGGCCCACCAGUACCCUUCCUGGAUCUUCAUCAAUGAGAGGACAUUCAUAACCAGGGAACAGCUUCAUUCUUUAUUGAAGACCUAUAACAUUUUUUAUGGGAACCAGGAAAAUUUGCAUAUUUUAUAUGGACAGACUGAAGAUGGGAAACUAAUUGUUGAAGGAAUGCUGGACAUUUUCUGGGGAGUGAAACGACCUAUACAGCUGAAAAUACAAGAUGACAAGCCAAUCUCUUCUUUCACUAUGUCAAAGUCACCAGAUGUCUUUUCUAACAAAGGAAUGACACGCUGGGGGGAAUUUGAUGAUCUUUAUCAUAUCAGUGAGCUGGAGAGGACCCAGAUUCCAUUGUCUGAAGCAAGCAAUUCCCAGGAAGACUAUUUAUCUUAUCACAGCAGUACUCUGAAGCCAUAUGCAUAUGAAGAACCAGAGUCCCCAUUGCUCUAUAGAACCAUGAGUGAAGCAGCCCUGGUAAAAAAAAGAAUGAAGCCUCCAAUGAUGGACCGAAAAGACAGACAGAGCCAUAGGGCCUCUAUUAAUGGACACUUCUAUAACCAUGAAACAUCAAUUUUCACCCCGGCCUUUGGAUCAGAAACCAAGGUCAGAAUAAACAGUACCAUGACAACUGAAGAAGUAAUAAAGCAACUUCUCCAAAAAUUUAAGAUUGAGAAUAGUCCUCAGGAUUUUGCUCUUUACAUUAUUUUUUCAACAGGAGAGCAGAGACGGCUAAAAAAGACAGAUAUCCCACUACUGCAAAGGCUUCUACAAGGACCUUCCAAAAACAACGCUCGAAUUUUUCUCAUGGAUAAAGAUGCAGAAGAAAUUAGCAGUGAUGUGGCGCAAUACAUUAACUUUCAUUUUUCCCUCUUGGAGUCCAUUCUUCAAAGAUUAAAUGAAGAAGAGAAAAGAGAGAUUCAAAAAACAAUAGCAAAAUUCCACACAGAAAAGGCCAUUAUACUGAAAUGUCUUCAAAGUAAACGGAAAGUAAAAACAGAGACGACAGUUUAG